GAAAUAAGAGAGAGAAACAAGACAGACCAGAGAGUAGAUAAAGAGGCAAGAGGUGAAAUAAGACGAGACAGACAAAUACGAGAGACUUGCUAGGAGAUCGAUUGGAAUAGGAGCCUCGAUGGAGAUGGAGAUCGCGACUGGUGCAGGAGCCUCGAUGGAGAUGGAGAUCGACUGAGAGAGAAGAGAGACAGACUAGAGAGAGAGAGAUAGAUGAGAGCUUUACUACUUACUAGGUCGUUUGAUGAUGGAGAUCGACUGAGAUGGAGCUCAAUGGAGAUUGAGAUGGAGAUCGACUGAGGACUUCGCUCGAUGAACAGAUGAUGGAAGGCAGAGGAGGAGGAGGAGGAGACAAGGGUAUGCAAUCUAAAAGUUCAACUGUGGCAGCAAAUGGUACUGUAGAAGAAGAAGAACUAGUCUCUUGUGAUGCAGUAAAUGAUGUAAAGAAAAGGUGUUGGGAUCAAAGAGAAGCUCUUCCAGGUGAGCCUCGUUGUGUUGUAUGUGGCCGCUAUGGUGAGUAUAUAUGUGACGAGACUGAUGAUGAUAUAUGCAGCCUUGAAUGUAAACAAAAUCUUCUUUGCAAGAUUGCCAAUUCACAGUUGCCAGUUGGUCUCCCGCAUCCUACAAGACUACUACCCCCUACCAUUACCCAUGAUGAGUGCUUUUAUGUAAGAGAUUCUGAUGGAAAAUCAAAAUCAAAAUCAGAAUCAGAAUCUCAAUAUCUAACUAAUGAUCCAAGUGAGUUGCUAAGAAGGAAACUCAAAAUCAAUGUCAGGGGAGACUUUGUUCCAGCACCCAUCCUGUCAUUCGCUUCUUGUAAUCUUCCUCAGAAGCUCCUCCAAAAUAUAGAAGCUGCUGGAUAUGAAAUGCCAACCCCUGUCCAGAUGCAAGCAAUACCAGCUGCUUUGGUUGGCAAAAACCUGCUUGUUUCAGCCGACACUGGUUCAGGGAAAACUGCUUCAUUUUUGGUUCCUAUAAUUUCCUACUGUGCAAAUUUUGGACGUGAGAAGCUCUCAAAUCAGAAAAAACCAUUAUCAAUCAUUCUUACACCAACUAGAGAGCUCUGCAUACAGGUGGAGGAGCAGGCUAAGUUGCUAGGAAAGGGUUUGCCAUUUAAAACUGCACUUGUAGUUGGCGGGGACCCCAUGGCUGGACAAGUCCACCGCAUCCAACAAGGAGUGGGAGUCAUUAUAGGAACUCCGGGCAGGCUUAUUGAUCUGCUAGCAAAGUAUGACAUAGAAUUAGAUGGUGUUUCAAUUCUUGUUCUAGAUGAAGUGGACUGUAUGCUCCAGAGGGGUUUCCAUGAGCAGGUAAUGCAGAUUUUUAGGGCUUUGUCACGACCUCAAGUCUUGAUGUAUUCUGCCACAAUUCCAAAAGAAGUUGAGAAGAUGGCUAGCUCGAUGGUGAAAGAUAUAAUUGCUAUAUCUGUUGGGAGGCCAAACAAGCCAAACGAGGCUGUCAAGCAACUGCCCAUUUGGGUUGAAUCAAAGCAAAAAAAGAAGAAACUUUUUGACAUAUUGAUGAGCAAGCAGCACUUUAUGCCACCAGCUGUGGUAUUUGUGGGUUCUAGACUUGGUGCAGAUCUCCUUUCUCAAGCAGUAACAGUCACCACUGGAGUGAAAGCUCUAUCGAUCCAUGGAGAAAAGCCCAUGAAGGAGAGGAGAGAAAUUAUUAGGUCUUUUCUGGUUGGAGAGGUUCCUGUGAUUGUGGCCACGGGGGUUUUGGGCCGAGGAGUUGAUCUCUUGGGUGUGAGACAAGUUAUAGUCUUUGACAUGCCAAAUUCUAUUAAGGAGUAUGUUCACCAGAUUGGAAGGGCAUCUAGGCUGGGGGAGGAGGGUACAGCAAUCGUCUUUGUCAAUGAAGAGAAUAAGAAAAUUUUACCAGAGUUGGUUGAUAUUUUGAAAUCAUCUGGAGCUCCUAUUCCUAGGGAGCUUAUUAAUUCAUGCACGAUGGGUACUUUUUCUGUUGGCAAGGGUCAGAAGAAAAGGAAGCAUAGUUUCUGAAGAUUCAGGGGCUGUUUAAGUCACUGGAGAAUGGGGAUCUUUCUCAGAAAGAAGAAUGGAAGAUGUGGUUUGAUGAGGUUUAUUGGCCAGUCUCUGGUUCCUCUCUCCUUAAAUCAGACACCCUAUGUAUUGUUUAAGGUUAUUGUCAUUGAUCGUGAGACAUUGGCUAAUAAUAUUGCCUCCAUUGUGAAGUUUGGUCCCUCUGUUAUUUUUUAUGGUUGUCCGGUUUUUUUAAACUUGGCGUACCAUCUACUGCUAUGUUACAAUCACUACUGGAAUGUGUAAAUGUGAAACUACACUUUGAACUGUUAAAAAGAAGAAGAAGAAGAAAUAUCUGUUCUUUAUGCUACUCAGUGGUAUGCUGCCACCUUUUGACAGAUGACCUUUUUCUCAACAACAGAGUCACCUGCAGAGUCAUCUACUUAUCUUCUGAUCAGCUGGUGAUGCUCUUGAAGGAUUAUGAUUUGUGACGAUGUAUCACUGCAUUUGUGAUUUUAGUUUCUUUGUAUCUAACUGUUAAAACCUACCACCUACUUCACCCACUUCACCUACUCCAUUACACCUACUCCACCCACUUCACCUACUCCACCACCUACUACACCACUCCACCCACUUCACCUACUACAUCUCCUAUAUAAAGAACAUACUCACCAUGUGUAAUACAUAACAUUCAAUCAAUCAAUAAUACAAUCAAUAUUUAUACAAUUCUCUAUUUUUCUUUAUACAUUAAAUUUCUACACUAACAUUUAUUCAUUUUAUUCAAUUAAUUUGGAGUUUGGGGAUAUGAGAACCUUGAAUGCAUCUCCAGCAGCACAUCAGCAGCACAUUUGAAAAAUCACAAAUUCUGGUGAAGAUCCAUUCCUCAAGCUCUACUGUUCUAUCUGCAUCGCAAUGCUGAGAUGGUCAAUUUACGAGACGAAGCCACCCAGUCUGGGAUGUCAAUGACCCAGGAGGAGCUUUCAAGACAAGUGUUUGGAGAGAAUAAGAGAUAUUUACAUGGAAUUGGGAUCGGCCCACGACCCUCUUCUUUUAUAUCCAAAGCUAUGUCACGAGCAUGUGCAUGUGAUCAUGAGAUGGAGACACUGAGAUCUGAGAUCAAGACACUUCGUGAGGAGUGGCAGAGAGAUCAUGAUGAGCUGAUGAAAGAGAGAGAGGAAGGGAAGAAAUUGCGGGAGGCGACACAAGCACAAAUCAAUCAUCUCCACACCAUGGUCACACAUCUUUUGCAAGGUCGAGGUGGUCGUCCUAGUGUUUGUGGAACACCAAGGUGGACAUGCAGUUCAAUCUUAAAAUGGCCUAUUAGUUAAGUGAGAGGGUCAGGGAGAGGAUUAUCCAAAUGGUCAGCUGCAUUUGGUCACAUGGAAUUAUCCCCAAUGAUUUAGUAGUCAGAAUACUGAAUUCUCAUUCUCAAUAAUCAUUUCGACUGGUUAUGCGUGGCUGCAUCUUUUCAAUAACCUUUCUGAGUAUGGAAUUGUUGAAUCCAAGCUCCUUUUAGGAGAUGAAGUGUAACAUGGGUUUAAGCGCGUGUAUCAUUAGUUUUAGAUACAGAGUUGCUUCGAAUAUUUUGUUAAAACUUUUGAGAUGGUUGAGAAGAGAAUGAAAACAAGUAUUACAUGAAAUAGGUUGUUGGGAAAUAUAUUUUGAAUGAUUGUAUGAACAGAUUACAGGUUGAAGGGAAAUAUUUUUAUGAAUAAUUGAAUAUGAUAGAUAUAAGUAUGAA